GAAAAUAACGAAAUGGAGGUCGUAAUUUCCGUGGGACACACACUACUUUCAUGCCUAAACAUGUGGACAGACGAAUCGGACGGUGUAGGAGAUGCCACGCUUUUGCACGUCAUGCCAAAUUAGAUUCUCCUAACGGCCCAACCGUCCCUCACCAAACUUUCCCAUAUUCCCUUUUUGAAUUUCUGAUGAUCCUUUAUCAGAGAAAAAUUCCCGGUUCGGUUGAGGAUAAACCGAUCAAGAACCGGGAAAUAGAAAAUAUGUAAACCGAAUCUGGUCAUGUAACCGCUUCGUGUUCCGUAUGCUUCACAGCGUUCAGUCCAGGGAGAAGGAGAAAUCGAUCCCACAGAAAUUGGAUCUGCAAAGUGUUGAUGCAGCCCAAGGGUAGACUUCACAACCGUAGAUCAAGAAGCUUUUCGAGAUCUAGACUCGCCAUCGAAGGAUCAUAGCCAUAGAGUUUCUUCAUGAUGGGAGGAGCGUGAAAUCCAGAAAAAUUACUGGAAAGAGCACUCAGUGGGCUUGAGCGUUGAGGCCAUGAUGCUUGAUUCCAAAGCAGCUGAUCUCGACAAAGAAGAACGACCUGAGAUACUUGCGCUUCUUCCUCCGAUUGACGGGAGAACGGUGCUCGAGUUUGGAGCUGGCAUUGGUCGUUUCACUAGUGAAUUAGCCCAGAAGGCUGGCAAGGUCAUUGCGGUUGAUUUCAUUGAUAGUGUUAUCAAAAAGAAUGAAAACAUCAAUGGGCACUACAAGAACGUCGAAUUUAUGUGCGCUGAUGUCACAUCCCCGGAUAUGAACUUUUCUGACGAGUCUAUGGAUCUGAUAUUCUCGAACUGGCUGCUAAUGUAUCUCUCUGAUAAAGAGGUUGAAGAUUUGGCGAAAAAGAUGUUACAAUGGACGAAGGUUGGCGGGUAUAUUUUCUUUAGGGAGUCUUGCUUCCAUCAGUCUGGUGAUAACAAGCGUAAGUACAACCCAACACACUACCGAGAACCCAAGUUUUACACAAAGCUUUUCAAAGAAUGCCAUAUGAAUGACGAUGUUGGGAAUUCGUACGAACUCUCUUUGGUUAGCUGUAAAUGCAUUGGGGCUUAUGUGAGAAACAAAAAGAACCAGAACCAGAUAUGCUGGCUUUGGCAGAAAGUCGGUUCGGAUAACGAUAGGGGCUUUCAACGCUUCUUGGACAAUGUUCAGUAUAAGUCUAGUGGUAUCUUACGCUAUGAGCGUGUCUUUGGACAAGGGUUUGUGAGCACAGGGGGACUCGAGACAACAAAGGAAUUUGUUGGUAUGCUGGAUCUGAAACCCGGGCAGAAAGUUCUAGAUGUUGGAUGUGGAAUCGGAGGAGGGGACUUCUACAUGGCUGAGAACUUUGAUGUGGAUGUUGUGGGCAUUGAUCUAUCUGUAAACAUGAUCUCUUUUGCACUUGAACACUCAAUAGGACUCAAAUGCUCUGUGGAAUUUGAAGUAGCUGAUUGCACCAAGAAGGAGUAUCCAGAUAACACAUUUGACGUUAUUUACAGCAGAGACACCAUUCUGCAUAUCCAAGACAAGCCGGCAUUGUUCAGAACAUUCUACAAAUGGUUGAAGCCUGGAGGAAAAGUUCUCAUUACCGAUUACUGCAGAAGCCCUAAAACCCCAUCUCCAGAUUUUGCAAACUACAUCAAGCAGCGAGGUUAUGAUCUUCAUGAUGUACAAGCAUAUGGUCAGAUGCUGAAAGAUGCUGGAUUUGAUGAUGUAAUCGCAGAGGAUAGAACCGAUCAGUUUAUGAAAGUUCUGAAACGGGAACUGGACGCAGUGGAGAAGGAGAAGAAAGAGUUUAUCAGCGACUUCUCGAAAGAGGAUUACGAAGAGAUUGUAGGCGGGUGGAACUCUAAGCUACUCAGGAGCUCAAGUGGUGAACAGAAGUGGGGUUUGUUCAUCGCCAAGAGAAACUGAUUAAAAUUAAAUUAAACGGCACAAAUAAAUCUUGUUAUGCGCGCAAGAUCAACAAAACCCAAAUCCUGUUUGGUAUCUAUUUACUUCAAGCUAUAUGUUCAGUUUGGUAAUUAUUGUGAAUAUGUGAUAUAAGUUAUUCCAAUGUUUCAUAAGUAAUGUUUUAAAAUUUUAUUUCAAAUCAUAUUAUGUGAUGUUUCCAAAUGUUCAACCAAAAAAAAAAGGUCUGAUUUGUGUUAUUAAGUAAGAUGGGCAUGAAUUUUUACCGAAA